AUGUAUUCAGGGGUGAAAGGGAUUUUGAACAGAAGCAGGAAGUUGAAGGGAAGUGUGGUGUUGAUGCGUAAGAAUGUGCUGGAUAUCAACGCCAUUAAGUCAGCUAAAAGCGCCGCCGGUAUCUUCCGCGGCGCCGCCGGUGUCGUCGGUGGUCUGGUGGGAACCUCAGUCGACACUCUCACUUCCUGUGUCGGACGAUCUGUGGCUCUCUGGUUGAUCAGCGCCACCGCUGCUGAUGAAAAUGGACAUGGAAAAGUGGGAAAGAAGACAUACCUGGAAGGAAUUAUUACCUCGAUACCAACUUUGGGAGCUGGCCAAUGUGCAUUUGAUAUUCAUUUUGAAUGGGGCACUGACAUGGGAAUUCCUGGAGCCUUUCUAAUACAAAAUCAUAUGCAAGUUGAGUUCUUCCUAGUCAGUUUGACUCUUGAAGAUAUUCCUAAUCAUGGAACAAUGCACUUUUCUUGUAACUCAUGGGUUUACAACCAUAGAAGCUACGAAAAGGAUCGAAUUUUCUUUGCCAACGAGACAUAUAUUCCAAGUGAAACACCAGGACCACUAGUGAGUUACAGAGAAGCAGAAUUGAAGACUCUAAGAGGAAAUGGAGUAGGAAAACGUAAGGAAUGGGACAGAAUUUAUGAUUACGAUGUUUACAAUGAUUUGGGCCAACCCGACAGCAGUGAAAACCUUGCUCGCCCAGUUCUUGGAGGAUCUGUCACUUAUCCCUACCCUCGAAGAGGAAGAACCGGUAGAAAACCUACCAAAAAAGAUCCCAACAGUGAGAAACGGAGCGAUAGUUUUUACGUUCCAAGAGAUGAAAGUUUCGGUCAUUUGAAGUCAUCUGACUUCCUUACUUACGGGGUAAAAGCUGUAUCUCGGAACUUCUUGCCUCAGCUCCGAUCUUCAUUUGAUCUGAAUUUCGCACCAAAAGAGUUUGAUAGCUUCGAAGAAGUACGUGAACUAUGUGAAGGUGGAAUUAAGCUACCUACAGAUCUACUCUGCAAAUUUAGCCCUUUACCUGUCAUCAAAGAAAUCUUUCGCACAGAUGGUGAAAGUGUCCUCAAGUUUUCAGUGCCUCAUAUAAUCAGAGUUAGUAAAUCUGCAUGGAUGACCGAUGAAGAAUUUGCAAGAGAGAUGAUUGCAGGUGUAAAUCCUUGCGUGAUUCGCCUUCUAAAAGAGUUUCCACCUCAAAGCAAGUUGGAUCCCUCCGUCUACGGUGAUCAAACCAGUAAAAUAACUAAGCAACACUUGGAGAUGAACCUUGAAGGGUUCACAGUAGAUAAGGCAAUUGAAGGCAAGAGACUAUUCAUAUUAGACCACCAUGAUGUGUUUAUGCCGUUUUUGAGAAGGCUAAACGAGUUGAAAACAACUAAGGCUUAUGCAACGAGGACAAUCCUUUUCUUGAAAGAUGAUGGGACCUUAAAGCCAUUGGUGAUCGAAUUAAGUUUGCCACAUUCAGAUGAACAACAACAUGGUGCCAAUAGUAAAGUGAUCUUGCCCGCAAACCUUGGAGUUGAAAGUACAAUUUGGCUAUUAGCCAAGGCUCAUGUUAUUGUCAAUGAUUCCUGCUAUCAUCAGCUCAUAAGCCACUGGUUGAAUACUCAUGCUGCGAUCGAACCCUUUGUCAUAUCAACAAACAGAAACCUCAGUGUUCUUCACCCUAUUUAUAAACUUCUCUUUCCUCACUAUCGUGACACAAUGAAUAUCAAUGCACUUGCUCGAGAAUCACUAAUCAAUGCUGAUGGUGUUAUAGAGCAAUCCUUUUUGGGUGGAAAAUAUGCAGUGGAGAUAUCUUCCGCAGCUUACAAAGAUUGGGUGUUUCCUGACCAAGCAUUACCUACUGAUCUUAUAAAGAGAGGCAUGGCUAUAAAGGAUUCAUCUUCUCCCAAUGGUCUUCGUCUUGUGAUAAAGGACUACCCGUAUGCUGUUGAUGGAUUAGAGAUAUGGAACGCUAUCGAGACAUGGGUCCAUGAAUAUGUCUGGUUGUACUAUGUUACAGAUGAUGCAGUUAAAAAGGAUAUUGAACUUCAAGCUUGGUGGAAGGAAGUUGUUGAGAAGGGUCAUGGUGACCUAAAAGAUAAGCCAUGGUGGCCUAAACUACACACUCGUGAAGAGCUUAUUCGAUCUUGUAGUACCAUCAUAUGGAUUGCUUCAGCUUUUCAUGCAGCAGUUAAUUUUGGACAAUAUCCUUAUGGUGGCUUUAUCCUGAAUCGUCCAACUCUAAGCAGAAGAUUGAUCCCAGAAAAAGGAACUCCAGAAUAUGAAGAGAUGGCAAAGAAUCCUCAGAAGGCUUAUUUGAGAACAAUUACACCAAAGUAUCAGGCUCUUGUUGACCUUACAGUGAUAGAGAUAUUAUCAAGACAUGCCUCUGAUGAGGUGUACCUUGGACAGAGGGACAAUCCAAAUUGGACCUCUGAUUCAAGGGCCAUAGAAGCCUUUAAAAAGUUUGGAAAGAGGCUAGUAGAGAUUGAGACAAAAAUCUCAGAAAGGAAUCAUGAUCCAAAUCUUAAAAAUCGAACUGGACCAGCUGAAUUGCCUUACACACUGCUUCUUCCUACUAGUGAAACGGGGUUGACUUUUAGAGGAAUUCCCAACAAAUUUGUUGUCGCUAUAGCAAUGAGUUCAAUAGUGGAAAGGAAGAAGUUGGUGAAGGGGAGGGUGGUGUUGAUACGGAAGAGUGUGCUUCAAACCAUAAGCACUGUCAAGGGUGUCGUUGCCACUGGCAUCAAGACAAUUAACGACGCAGUCGAACUUGAUUUCACUAAAUCAGUGUCUUUCAAGUUGAUUAGUCGUACCAAGUCAGAGAAUCCAAGCAAUCCUGCUGGAAAAGUUGGAAAGGAAACCCAUUUGGAGAAUAAUGUUUCUGUGUUACGAACCUUGGGAGAGAGAAAGGAGGAAUUUGAUGUUUAUUUUGAAUGGGAUGAUAAAGAUAUGGGAACUCCAGGAGCAUUUUACGUAAAAAAUGAAAUGAAUGAUGAGUUCUUCCUUGUUAGUAUGACUCUUGAAUAUCCAACUCAACAAAUAACUGAACUAGAGGACCAGAAUCAUAUUCACUUUGACUGUAACUCCUGGGUUCACAACCAUAAGUCUUACAAACGCAUAUUCUUCGCCAACAUUCCCUAUCUUCCCGGUAAGACACCAGUGCAAUUACAAACGUACAGAAAAGAAGAGUUGAAGAAUUUAAGGGGAGAUGGAUCUGGAAAGCGUGAGAAAUGGGAUAGGAUUUAUGAUUAUGAUUUCUAUAAUGAUCUGGGCUUUGUUGACGGCGAUGGAGCAGAAGAUCACCCAGUUCUUGGAGGCAACGAAAACUAUCCCUACCCUCGUAGGGUUAGGACUGGAAGAAAACCUAUCUACAAAAACAAAAAUGGUGACAAAUACGAGGAACAAGACGACGAGGAUUAUUAUGUGCCAAGAGAUGAAAAUUUCAGUCAGGGGAAGAGGACAGAAUUCACUCAAAUAGGAAUGAAAGGUUUAGGUGGAAGAGUCGUACCUUUGCUCACAUCUUUGUAUUUAAAGAGCACGUCAAAUGAAUUUAAUGGCUUCGAAGAAGUGUUGAAAAUGUAUGAAGGUGGAGUUAAUCUGCCUCUAUCUAUCACUGGAAACGCUACUCCUCCAAGUGCCCUUAACGUCCCAACUCCGGACGUAAUCAAAGAAAGCAAGUUUGCAUGGGUGACUGAUGAAGAAUUUGCAAGAGAGAUGAUUGCCGGUGUAAACCCUGUUGUAAUUCGGCUUCUUAAAGAGGAGGAUUUCUUUGUGCCUGCCAACCUAGUUUGCAACUGUACUCAACCCAGUACAGUAACAAAAAAAGACUUGGAGGCUAACAUGGAUGACGUCAAAGUAGAUGAGGCAAUCAAGAAUAGGAAAUUGUUCGUAUUGGAUUACUACGAAACAUUCAUGGCAUAUCUGACGAAGAUAAACGACCUUCCCUCAAUAAAGGCUUACGCCACCAGGACAUUCUUGAUCUUAAAAGAUGACGGCACACUGAAACCACUUGCUAUUGAAUUAAGCAAGCCAUAUAUAUGUCCAUGUGGUCUUCAGCUUGUCGAGACCACAGUGGUGCUGCCUGCAGAAAGAGGUGUCGAAAGUACAAUUUGGCUAUUUGCCAAAGCUCAUGUUGUUGUAAAUGACACCAACUACCAUCAGCUCAUAAGCCACUGGUUAAAUACUCAUGCAGUGAUUGAGCCAUUUGCAAUAGCAACACACAGGAAUCUCAGUGUACUUCACCCCAUUUACAAACUCCUGCAUCCUCACUUCCGUGACACCAUUAAUAUCAAUGCACUUGCUAGGAAAUCCCUAAUUAAUGCGGGUAGCAUUAUAGAGCAAACGUUUUUGCCAGGGCCCUAUUCAAUGGAGAUGUCUUCUGCUGUAUACAAGAAUUGGGUUUUCACUGACCAAGCUUUACCAAAGGAUCUCAUCAAAAGAGGUUUGGCGUUUGAGGAUGGGAAUGGUGACCUUAAGCUUGUGAUAGAGGACUAUCCUUACGCUGUUGAUGGAUUACAAAUAUGGAAUGCUACUAAGCUCUGGGUACAAGACUAUGUGGCUCUGUAUUAUUCAGACGAUAAUGCAGUUAAAGAAGAUACCGAAUUGCAAGAAUGGUGGAAGGAAGUUGUGGAGAAGGGUCACGGUGACUUAAAAGGACAAUGGCUUAAAAUGGAGAGUUCUAAAGUGCUGGUUGAUACUUGCACUACCAUUAUAUGGAUUGCUUCAGCUCUUCACGCCGCUGUUAAUUUUGGACAAUAUCCUUAUGGAGGUUAUAUCAUUAACCGUCCUACUCAAAGUCGAAGAUGGAUCCCAGAACCAGGAACUCAAGAGUAUGAAGAGAUGACCAAGAAUCCUCAAAAAGCUUUUUUGAAAACAAUUACUCCAAAAUACCAGACCAUUAUUGAUCUUUCAGUGAUGGAGCUACUAUCAACCCAUGCUUCAGACGAGGUAUAUCUUGGACGAAGGGACAGUCCAAAUUGGACUUCUCAUCAACGAGCACAAGAAUUGUUUGAAAGAUUUACAGAACACCUGGAAAAAAUCGAGGAAGAAAUCUCGGAUAGGAACAAGAAGAAAGAACUUAGAAAUCGAACUGGACCAAUCAAUUUGCGCUACACUGUGCUUCUUCCUACCAGUGGUCCAGGGAUUACUUAUAGAGGAAUCCCUAACAGUGUCUCUAUCUAAACGCUUCGUGGCUUCCUUUUCUGUGCUGCUUUUACCUUUCAAUAUUAGUCGCAUGUUACGUGCAUGCCUCAUUGUGUUUGUUUUUGUUUUUGUUUAAGCCACGUUGUCUUUCAUGCAGCUUUUGUACCCUGAUAAAUAAGCUCAUCAGCAAAUUUCCUUUUACAACUGGGAACCUUUGUUAUUUUGGCUUUCAGUUGUAUUAUUCAAGAGUUAUUAUCAUCAUCAAUAUUAUCGUUUUACAUUUUAUCUAACUCA